CUGAGGAUUGGACUGAUCUACGUGUGUGGUGUGCUGGCAGGGUCUCUGGCGGUGUCGGUCACCGACAUGACGGCUCCGGUGGUCGGAUCGUCGGGAGGAGUGUACGCCCUCGUCUCGGCACAUUUGGCCAAUGUUGUAAUGAACUGGUCGGGAAUGAAGUGUCAGUUUAAGUUAUUCCGAAUGGCCAUGGCCUUGGUUUGCAUGAGCGUAGAGUUUGGUCGGGCUGUGUGGCUGCGCUUCUACCCUCCAGCCUUCCCCCCGUGUCCCAACCCCAGCUUUGUAGCUCACCUGGGGGGAGUCCUGGUGGGUCUCACCCUAGGCGUGGUGGUCCUGCAGAACUACGAGCAACGGCUUCAGGAGCAGUCGCUGUUUUGGAUAUUUUUCUGCGUCUACACCUUGUUUGUGCUCUGUGCUGUGUUCUGGAACGUUUUUGCCUACAGCCUGCUCGAUGUGCGAAUACCCCCGGCACCGUGAACCUGCUUCCAGGGGGCCAGCUGGCUGGAUGUAUCACCUCAGUAUUCACGUUCAGAGUCUCACCUGUCGGUAGUCUAAGACGUCCCACAGCCUACUAGUUUCACUAACUCUAGCCUUAUCAUUCAAGCUGAACUCCACCUGCUCUUUGUCUGUGUCUGCUGGUUGCUUGUGGAACUCGACGAUAAAACAUCAGCAAAGAAGAAGCCUCGGAUUUAACACUACAGCAUUGCUUUUACCUCUUCUGCCUAUUUCUCCUCAAUCCAACGGUGCCUUCUCAUGAAGACAUCACCUGCUGGAAGUAUUUCUGCACAUCUGCCUCUUGGUUGGAGAGACGGCGACAACACCUUACAGUGUUACACCAUUCUUGGGUCAUAACAGUUUCUCGUAAUCCUCUUUAAGUGAAAAAAAAAAAGCGUUUACUCUUACAGGAUGUUGGUGUUUCGCUGUCCAUACAAGCAUCAGGUGCAUCACGUAGCACAACUUCAAUGAAAACAGAUUCUUUAAGCUACACGUCAGUCACCUUUACAGGUUAAAAAUUUAAGUUUUGAAGAGGGUGUGAGUUACUGUUAAGUAUUGCCUUCAGAAUCAAUACAUAGGCGUGGACUGGCUAGGUAUAAUAAGGAUCUCAAACUACAAAAUUUUUCCAACAUGCCAUGGUUUCAGUUUGAAGCCUGUGAGGCCCCCUACCACUCACCUACAGAUAUGAUUUUUUUAAGAAACAUUGUUUUCUUCUGUUUGUGCAAAAAUCUCCAUCUUCACAGUUUGUGGGAUUUCAGCUCAAACAGCUGCACUAGCUAUGCUGCACCAGCAGUUGACAAUAAUCUUGACAUUAACUAUGUUAAAAUUUACAAGAAGAAAAUCCUAAACAUGGCUAAAACAGAGCUAAGCUAGUCAAAUGACUAAUAAUCUCAUAGUGAUAAAAAACAAAAAAAACAGGAAUAAACGGAGAUAAGCUGAUACAUUUUUUGUUUUAAAUCUUUGUGUAAAUGUCAUGAUAUCAGUUUGCAGACUUCAGACUAUCUUACCAGGAGAAACACUUACUGGCCCAUGCCUAUGGAAACAAAACCGUGUCCAGCGCUUUUAAAAACCUCAGUCUCGUCUCUUUUCUGUGUGCAGGGGCUGUGUUUGUACUUAUGAAAAAGAAACAGAAGUGCCAUUCUGACUUGAAACUUUUUGAUGCCAAAACAUUGCUGCAAGCACUGGCGAGGAGUGUGUCCCUAACUAGUGUUGCUAGGUUUUGUGACUAAGGAGUCUGUCAUAUGUAAGAGAAAAACCUUUAGUGAAGAACAUCCUCCCGAUACAAAAAAAUGCAGUGAAAUUCUUCAUCUUCCCUAACAAAGCGCUUCAUUUUCAGUAAUUGUUGCACAAGGUAUAAAUAAAACACAAAAGAUAACUUUAUUCAUUCAUGGUUGAGCCUCAGUGAAUCAUUUUCUUGUUUGAACAUACAUCCCUGACCUCAAGUCAUUCAAGUUUAGGUUGUUUCAUUUUCAGUUCAGAAGCCAGCUGGACAGAAAAAGAAAAAAGAAUCAAUAUUUGUCUAUUAGUUCUUGUCUCAACUUGAUUGGUUAAUUGAUUGGAGCUGAUAUGGGAAGCAAGCAUCACCCAAAGCUUGAGGUCUCUAACUGUACUGUAUUUUAAGACUCGUGUUACACGCUUUAAUGACUAUUAAUCUAAUGAAGUCCAGAUUAAUGUUUUAACAUGUUAGAUUUUUUUUAUGUGGUGAUACUGGUAUGUUGCGUAAUUGUUUGGACAUCAUAUAUGUUCGAUAUAUUCUGUAUGUAUCCUAUUUAAAUGAAGGUUAAUGAUGGCCUGGGAUUGUACAUAAUAAGGGCUACUACACCAAACUGAGUGAGGAGUAAAGCUGCAGAUAGUAUUUUGAUGUUGUGCAUAUUUUGUAGAUUUGAUAUGUGCAUAAUAAGGGUCCAAUAAAAUGUUUUAUACAAAUCUAAA